AUGGCUAAUCCAGGUCAGACUAAUUCAAUACAAAGCAGUGAACCUGAUGAAUUCAAUUCAUUACAAAGUAGUGAAACUAAUUCAAUACAACGUAGUGAACCUGGUGAGAUUCAUUCAAUGCAAAGUAUUGAAACUGAUGAGAUCAAUUCAAUACAUGAUAAAAUUAAAACCGGUAUAGAACAAAAAUAUAAUACAAAUUACAAACCAAGACCUAAUGUUAAAUGGUUUGAAAAAGCUAUUAGCGAUGGUAACAUUAAUUUCUACGGUUAUGGUGAAUUCAGUGAUAUUGAAAAAAUUAGCGAUGGUGGUUUUAGUUUUGUAACUAAAUCAGAGUGGAAGAAUGGUGGAUUGACUGUCGCUCUUAAAU